AUGGAGUCAUCACGCCUCAUGGACACACAGCUGGGUCCAGAUCCAGGUCUGACAGGAAGUUCCGAUCAGAGUCGUGGCUGUUGUAAAAACGGCGGUACGUGCAUCCUCGGCAGCUUCUGCGCUUGUCCACCGUUUUUCACCGGAAGAAGCUGCGAAUACGACCAACGAAUCAGGCGUUGCGGUGCGGUCCCUCACGGCUCCUGGGUGCAGAAGGGCUGUUCCUACUGUCGCUGUGGUUACGGCGUCCUCCACUGUUUCCCACACGUCUUCAACAAGGACUGCGACGACUCGGAGGACGUGCGUUGGUUCCGUGCGGCGGCGGCGGCGGCGGUUCCGGACGGCGCCGCCUUCAUCCUGGUCCUUCCUCCUCUGCUCCUCCUCCUCUGACGUUCUGCAGGUUUUACUGAAGCUUUGACACUGAAACUCAUUCAACUGUUUAUUUAUGGAAAGAGGCGGUGACCUUUGACCUGAACCCACAUGUUGUGGGUUCUGUUUCAUUCACUGAAGGAGCGGACGUCCGCUUAAGCUCAGACUAAGUUCAACUAAAACUCAAACAAACUGAAGAUGAAGGGACGCUGAACAGAAAUGGGAUGUUGUUUUGAAAAUUCCAGUGGGGGGGGGCAGCGGAUCCAAAGACCACAGGAUCCAGGACGGAUCCCUGAGGAACCCCACCCCCUUCAGUCCAGAACACAUGGACCACAUGGAACUGGGCUGAACUCCAGAUAUGGACAUAGAAUGAUCAGUGAUUGAUCAGAGGUUAUUGAGGGUUUUAGUCCACGUUUGGGUUUUUAAAAGUUAAAGCGUCUUUUCUGGAUGUUUCAGUUUUUAGCGUGUUUCAUUUCACUGUUUUUUUACUGUUUUAUUUGUGAUGAAGUUGAAGAACGUGAACGAGUGGAUGAUUUACAACAAGAACUGAACAGAACCAGUGACUGGAUCCAUUCACCCUCAGAUAUCGGACAAUCACUGACCACAUUAAACCGGUUUAAUCCGGAUUAAACUGGUUUAAUCUGGAUUAAACUGGUUUAAUCAAACCGGUUUAAAC